UAGUGUGCACACGCGCUUGGGAGACGGCACCAUGUGUCUGACUUCUAACUCCAGGAUCCGAGUUGAAUGGAUUGCAGCGGUUACCUUUGCUGCUGGGACAGCAGCACUUGGUUAUCUUACUUACAGAAGAUUUUAUGUGAAAGAUCAUCGCAACAAAGCCAUGGUAAACCUUCACAUACAGAAGGACAACCCUAAGGUAGCUUUUGACGUGGAAGAUUUGGGAGAUAAAGCCGUGUAUUGUCAUUGCUGGAAGUCCAAAAAGUUCCCAUUCUGUGAUGGAUCCCACACAAAACACAACGAAGAGACUGGAGACAACAUGGGACCCCUGAUUGUCAAGAAGAAGGAAACUUAGAGGGACAGUUCACAUGCUGCAAACCAGCUUGUCAUGAUGUUAACCAACUUGUCAUGAUGUUACUUGGUUGUUUAAUUAGAGUGACUACCACUUCUGUCUAAUUCAGCUCCUUUGGGUUCUAGAUGUGGUAUAUUGCAAAUUGCAGCUUUCACAUUUCAUGGAAUUUGCCUUAAUUGCUGAAACAUUGUGGUGCACAUUUGUGUAAACAAUAACAGUAACAAAAAAAAAGAA